AUGAAAAGAGUAUGGACUGGUUCACCAAUAACAAAAAAUAUAUCACAUUUACUUCCAUCACCUAAUCAAAUUCUUAAUAAUCAACUUAAUUCUAUUAGUAAUCAAGAUUUAAUUGAACCAAUAGAACCAUUUAAUGAAUUAGCUGCUUAUUUUGCUCAAAUGGCAAUUAAAGAUCUUGAUUUAAAUCAACAACAUCAUCCAUUAUUAAAUACAUGUCGUUCUCUUGCUUCAACUUUACACUCGGAACAAGUAACAUGGCAUUCAAUACAACUUCGUGUUAUUGAAUUAAUUGAACGUUUUCCUCGUUUAAAACCAUUUUUGAUAAUAUUAAAUAAAUAUGGUUUACAUUUAGAAGAUAUUCUUAAUGGAGAAAAAAAUGGAUUAGAUAUAUUUUUUGGUGAUGAUGAAAUUAAACAAAUUUUUCAUUUGAUUUGUCAACAUAUACAAUUACAAUAUGAACAAACUAAAGAUAAUUCAUUUGAGAAUUAUCGAUUACGUAUAUUUUGGUUAACUGAUAGUGGUUGUUCAGAUGUUUUACCUAUUCUUGAUCUUUUUCUUAAUUUGUCACAACAAACAGGUUUAUUAAUUGAUUUAUAUUAUGCAGAUUCUGAUUCAAUCCAACUUGCAAAUGCUCGACAAACAUUUACUACACAUAUAAAUAAUCAAACAAAAAAUUUCUCUAUUAUUUAUGAUAAAACAAUUGAUUUAUAUGAUAGUAAAACACUUGAAAAAAUACCAAUAGAAUCAUUUCAUAUUAUAUUUUCUUCUAAUCAACUUCAGGGAAAUCAAGAUUUAACAAAAAAGAAUUCUUUAAUUACUCGAAAUAGUUUAUAUUUCUCAUUAUUUUCAUCUUAUUUUUGGUUUUAUUGA